UUAUAGGUGCCCAGCGCAGGAGAAGCCCCAGUGCCCUUGCCACUGACGUAUUUGAGUCACAUUUGGGAAGUCACAUUUUACAGUCACUGGAUGGAUUUGUAUUUGCACUAAACCAAGAGGGAAAGUUUUUGUACAUUUCGGAAACCGUCUCCAUUUAUCUUGGCCUCUCCCAGGUGGAACUGACAGGCAGCAGUGUGUUUGACUAUGUCCAUCCUGGUGACCACGUGGAGAUGGCUGAGCAGCUGGGCAUGAAACUUCCCCCAGGACGAGGCCUUCUCUCGCAGGGAACAGCCGAAGAUGGAGCCAGCUCAGCUUCCUCAUCUUCCCAGUCUGAGACCCCUGAGCCAGAUACAGAUACAGCUGUUAUACUUAGUGUGGCCAAAUUUUGUGCUGUGGCUUGUCCAGUCCACCAAAUGACUCUUCAGGAAUCGGUGGAAACUACAAGCCCAAGCCUACUUUCAACUGACAACAAUCUAGAGCGUUCUUUUUUCAUUCGGAUGAAAUCAACACUGACCAAGCGAGGUGUACACAUAAAAUCUUCAGGAUAUAAGGUGAUCCAUAUAACAGGAAGGUUACGACUAAGAGUGUCGCUGUCUCACGGGCGGACCGUCCCGAGCCAAAUCAUGGGACUUGUUGUCGUUGCUCAUGCCCUGCCCCCUCCUACAAUCAAUGAAGUCCGAAUUGACUGCCACAUGUUUGUUAUUCGAGUAAACAUGGACCUCAAUAUUAUUUACUGUGAAAAUAGGAUUAGCGAUUACAUGGAUCUGACCCCUGUAGAUAUUGUAGGGAAAAGAUGUUACCACUUCAUUCAUGCUGAAGAUGUGGAAGGGAUCAGGCACAGUCAUUUAGACCUGCUGAACAAGGGUCAGUGUGUUACAAAAUACUACCGUUGGAUGCAGAAAAGUGGGGGCUACAUUUGGAUACAGUCUAGUGCCACUAUCGCUAUUAAUGCCAAGAAUGCAAAUGAGAAGAACAUCAUCUGGGUUAAUUACCUUCUGAGCGAUCCAGAGUAUAAGGACACUCCAAUGGAUAUUGCACAACUUCCACACUUGCCAGAAAAAACCUCAGAAUCCUCUGAGACCUCUGAUUCUGAAUCAGAUUCAAAAGAUAACUCGGAGGACAAUGAGAAUUCAAAGUCGGAUGAAAAAGGAAACCAUUCAGAAAACAGCGAAGAUCCCGAAUCAGAUAGGAAGAAGUCUGGCAAUCAGUCAGAUAAUGAAAUGAACUGUAAUGAUGAUGGGAACAGCUCCAGCAACCAGGACAGCAGAGACAGUGAUGACAGCUUUGAGAAUUCUGACUUUGAGAAUCAAAAGGCCCCCGAAGAUAGCUUUGGCACGCUUGGUUCUAUGCAGAUUAAGGUGGAGCGCUAUGUGGAGAGUGAGUCAGACUUGCGGUUACAGAACUGUGAGUCAUUGACCUCGGACAGUGCCAAGGACUCAGACAGUGCAGGAGAAGUAAAUGCCCAGUCUUCCAGCAAGCAUCAAAAAAGGAAGAAGAGAAGGAAAAAGCAGAAAGGAGGCAGCGUGGCCCGGAGAAGGCUCUCAAGCACCUCAAGCCCAAAUGGGCUUGACUCAGCAUUGGUGGACCAGCCCCAGCUGCUCUCACCGCCAAACAGUGCCUCAGUGCUCAAAAUCAAGACAGAGAUCUCAGAACCUAUCAAUUUUGAUAAUGAUAGCAGUAUUUGGAAUUACCCACCCAACAGGGAAAUCUCAAGGAAUGAAUCACCUUACAGUAUGACCAAGCCCCCCAACUCAGAGCACUUCCCUUCCCCCCAAACCAGCAGUAGUUUACAUGUCUCCAUUCCAGACUCUGUUCUAACCCCGCCAGGGACUGAAAAUCCUGCCAAUCGCAAAUCUCAGUUCAGCACCUCAUCUAACUCCGCCUUGGCUCCUGUAUCCUCUGACCCUUUAUCCCCACCUCUGUCAGCAUCUCCACGGGACAAGCAUCCGGGUGGCCCCAGCACUUCCAAUUCUUUACUGUAUACGGGGGAUCUGGAAGCCCUACAGAGAUUGCAAGCAGGCAAUGUGGUCCUUCCUUUGGUUCACAGGGUAACUGGAACCCUUGCUGCCACCAGCACGGCUGCUCAGAGGGUCUAUACCACUGGCACGAUCCGGUAUGCCCCAGCUGAAGUUACUUUAGCCAUGCAGGGCAAUCUUCUCCCCAACACUCACGCUGUUAACUUUGUGGACGUUAACAGCCCCAGUUUUGGCUUAGAUCCUAAAACACCAAUGGAAAUGCUCUACCACCAUGUCCACCGACUCAACAUGUCAGGACCGUUUGGAAGUGCUGUGAGUGCAGCCAGCCUGACCCAAAUGCCUGCAGGGAAUGUGUUCACAACUGCCGAAGGACUGUUCUCGACUCUUCCGUUUCCGGUGUACAGCAACGGCAUCCAUGCCGCACAGACACUGGAACGGAAGGAGGAUUGAAAUAUGACCACAUACUGUGUUCAGUGUUAAACUCCGAGGCAUAGACUAUGUUUUAAUUUAGACCUUUAAUCCUAGCACUUUGAAUUUGAGCAGGUCAGCUUAUUCUCUCCAUAUGAUGCUCCCCAUUUCGUCCCCUUUCUCUUUAACUUGACUUAUUCUUUAAUGGGAAAGAUACUUUUAAUUUUGGCCUUCAGAGAACUGAAGUAUCAGUGGCCUGCCAUUUUGUCUUCUUCCAAGAUGUGUAUUUUUUUUUUCCUUUUGCAUCUUUAUUAAGAUGCCUUUAAUAUGCGUAUGCCUCUGCCAUAAAAUACUCAGUGUUGUGGUAAAGAGAUUGUAAGAAUGACAACCAUUGGGUUUACUUUAAAUUGAUCUUGAUGUGAUCAAGGUUAAAAGAAACAAGCAUAAAACAAUGUGCCCUGUUUGACUAAGUCAAAUGAAAAGGGGGGGUAUUUGUUCCUAAUUCCUUUAAAAAAAUAGGGGAUAGUAUUUUAGAAUUUUAUGCAGAGUUUAAUUCACUUUUUAUGGUUAAGAUUUUCUUACUUGCACAUACAAUAAUUUGGGUUCUUAAAAAAUUAAUUUCUGGCCUGUGAUUAGAAUAAUAAGAAGAUGGACUAAAUGUUAACUACAGAAACAUUAACUUAAUUUCUAAAACCAUGGUGCUAUCAUUUAUUAAUCUGUAAUGUCUUCACACAAUAUGCAGCUUGUGGGCUGGGUUUUGUUUUUUUUAAGGAAUGUCUUCUGUGCUAGUCCAUAGUCAGGUGCUGCAGUUUCCUUGGUUAGUUAAGACAAAAGCCCUCAUUAACAUUUGCUGCAGGACUUAAUUUGUUUACCUCCAAACUAACAAGCCUCAUAUUAAAUUUAAAUGGAUCUGGAAGACUUUUCUUUUAGAGAGUUGAGCGAAUGUGCUGAAAAGAACAAGAAAAUGCAGUGAAAUUGACUCAAAGACAAGAUUUUUUUUAAGGUGUACAUUGUUUCUCUUUCUAUUUUUUUAUUCUCAGUAGAACUGAGGCUAAUUUUACAACUUCCAAAUAAGUGAAUGUGAGUGAGAUAAUGUGUGUGUGUCUGUGUGUCUGUGUCUAUGUGUGUGAAUAUGUGUAUGUGUGUGUAUGCAUACUGUACACAUACACACAUGCACAUAUACAUGUAUGCUUAAUGUUAUAGAGGGAAGGUUGUAUCUUUAUUUUUAUGUUUUGCUCAUUGUUUUCUCUUUUGUAAUACCCCUCCUCCUCCUUCUAGCGUUAAAGCCAAUAUGUUUUAACAAAUGGGUUAAUAAGCUUGAACUAGAUAACUGCAACUAAAAAAAACUGCACAUUAAGUAAAAACAAAAGAAAAGAAGUCUAUUUUGUCUUUGUUGCCAGAAAUCAAUGUAGUGUCAAACACUCCAAAUAACUGUCAAGUAUAAAUUCUUCUUCCACUCCAUCUUUGGCAGCUGUUUGUUAAGGCAUCUAAUAACAGAUGUGAAAACUGUAAUGUGUACAAUGUGUAAGUGUCCUUGGCUGUCAGUCUCAUUGCAGUUUCAAUGUGUGUUACUAUAUGCAGUAUAUACUAAGCUAAUGUAGUUGUUUUGUCCUUUGUCUUCUCUGUGCUUUAUCUCUAGUCUGGAGUGGCAAAGUCCCAUUCCUACAGUCCUAGUGAACCAGUGAUUCUUGGGGGUUAGUGGUUUUUGUGUGGUGGCCUUCCACUGUCUGUAUACCUUUUCAUUUCUGCUGUUGCUUUGCUGGUGUGUAUUUUCAGACUUUUCUCUCCCUCUGUUUACUUCCAACCUUCACCUUUCUUCCCAAUUUCUUCUUCUAACUCUUUCUCUCUUUUUCCAUUCUCAGAGAUAAAAGACUCUUAACUAGCUCAAGGUAAUGGAGCCAUUUUUCUCCACAGAGGAGUUCUGGGUAUGUCUUGCUCAUACAGUGUGCAUCACACAAUGCACUAAAGGAUGAUACUCAGACAUAUUAAAUGAAGUGAUGCCAUAUAGCCUCAGUUGUUAACAUUUCCAGAGUCCCUUGUGCUCUAAUUGUAAGUAGAGGGUGCAUUUCUUUGGUGUUCUCCCAAGUUGGUUAAUGGAAUAAUACAGAAAGAGACAGAAAAUUCUUGGAGUGCUCAACCAAUGUGGUUCAAAAGCAAAGCUGAGCUUUGGAUUGUCAAAUAUAUAUUUUUGCAUACCUGUGCAAUUUAUUGCUGAUGUAUUUUAGCUCAGCAGUUCUCUACAUAGUGGAUGACCCUUUGUGUUGAAAUGAAGCCGAGUACAGUGGGGUUUGAAUUGGAGAAGUAGAGAUGAGAAAGAGUGGGAUAGAGUGAUGCCCACAAAGGGCACUGGAUGUCAUAAAAUUUGAUAAUGAGCUUGUAAAGGGUUAAUUUGAAAGAUUUUAGGUAGAUUCCAAGGCCAAGAGAAGCUAAUUUGGGUUUUGCUUUGGAAGUUCUAGCUGUUGAACAAUCAAAGGAGUGCACCUAUCGGCUACAAAGACAGCUAGACAGCUGUUGUUGCUUUAUUUUAUUUUAUUUUUUAUAAAUGUUUCUGUGUUGUGUCGAAAUGAUUUCUGGUGAUUUAACCUAACAGAUAAUCACAGCUGCUGUCUAAAUCCAUAGUGUUUAAAAUUACAAAAUGGAAAAAAAAACUUCAUUACCUGUGAAAGACUGUGUCUGUGUUUUUAACUAUUUCUUGUACAAAUAUAUGAAAUCUUUUAUGAGGAGACUGGUGCCAAGUAGCUGAAUAAAGGGGAAAGGGAUUCUGUUCGUAUAAAUCUUAGCAGUGUUACCAACUCUACAAUAUAUAUAAAAAAAUUAAAAUGUUUAAAAAUGACAGCUAUGGUACAUUUAUUUUGUGUUAACCUAACCGAAUCUAACUUCUUGAGUGCCUGGCUUAUUCGAAACAUUUUUUUUCAUUGAUCAUUGAUAAUGCUGCAAAUCAGAAAUGUACAUACUUCAUUUACAGCAGGGUUCUUUUUAUACUUUUGUAGAUUCUCAUACAUGUCAUACAUGGUUGUCUUUAUGUAACUUAAUUUUUUUCAUCCUGCAGGUGCCAUUUUCAUAAUAAACUUCUCUUGGAUUUGUUACUA